GGAAGACGACGGUUCUCGAAUCGCUGCCUCUGGGUUUCUGUUUUUCUCUUGACAGGAUUUGGUCUUUGGUUCUCCGUUUUUGGUCUGUCGCACGCGUCCCGCCCUCCCUAUUCUCUUCCCCAUUACUUGGAUCCAGCCUUGGGCAUUCACGUCAGCCCUCUUACCCCUCCUUGAACCCCCUCCCGACCCCGGGGCGGUCCUGGCGCGGAGGCGGUAACUAUGGAGAACAUGGCGGAGGAGGAGCUGCUACCCCUGGAGAAGGAGGAGGUGGCUCAGGUCCUGACCCCGGCCCCGGACUCGGCUCGGGUCCCAGCUGCGGCCCCAGAUUCGGCUGUGACUCCGGCCUCGGCUUCAGCCCUAGCCCUUGCCCAGGCUCCGGCCCUGUCCCCGUCUCUAGCCUCUGCCCCUGAGGAGGCUGAAAGCAAGAGACACAUCUCAAUUCAAAGGCAGCUUGCUGAUCUAGAGAAGUUAGUUUUUGAAACUGAAGGAGAUUUUGACUCUACCAGUUCACUGAACUGUGAUAAUCUUGAUACAGGAAAUAAACAGGCUUGUCCAUUAUGUCCUAAGGAAAAAUUCAGAGCUUGUAACACUCAUAAGCUUCGUCGACACCUUCAGAAUUUACACUGGAAAAUCUCAGUUGAAUUUGAAGGUUUUAGGAUGUGCAUUUGCCACUUACCUUGUCGACCAGUAAAACCAAACAUUAUUGGAGAACAGAUAUCCAGUAAAAUGGGCGCCCAUUAUCAUUGUAUCAUUUGUUCAGCAACAAUCACCAGAAGAACUGAUAUGCUAGGACAUGUUAGGCGUCAUGUGAAUAAAGGAGAGACUAAGUCCAGUUAUAUUGUUGCUUCUACUACUAAACCAUCUAAUGAAAUUUUGAAAGAAGCAGAGACAGAUGUACAAGUUUGUCCUAACUAUUCCGUACCUCAGAAAACAGAUUCCUAUUUUAAUCCCAAAAUGAAACUAAAUCGAUUAUUAUUUCCUUCUAGACAACUAAUAUUCUGUACGUUGGCUGCUCUGACUGAGGAACGCAAACCGUUGGAAUGUCUAGAUGCCUUCGGAGCCACUGGUAUAAUGGGAUUGCAGUGGGCUAAACAUCUUGGAAAUGCAGUCAAAGUUACCAUUAAUGACUUGAAUGAAAACUCUGUAACACUGAUUCAGGAAAACUGCCAUUUAAACAAAUUGAAAGUUGUGUUGGAUAGUAAAGAAAUGAAAGAGAGUGAUGAUAAUCUUGAGGAAGGAGAAGAAAAUCUUGGUAAUAUUAAAGUGACCAAAAUGGAUGCCAAUGUACUAAUGCAUUUGAGAUCUUUUGAUUUCAUACACCUAGACCCUUUUGGGACAUCUGUGAACUAUCUAGAUUCUGCAUUCAGAAAUAUAAGAAACCUUGGCAUAGUAUCAGUGACUUCUACAGAUAUCAGUUCCUUAUAUGCCAAAGCACAACAUGUUGCAAGACGUCACUAUGGUUGUAACAUUGUCCGAACUGAAUAUUACAAGGAACUAGCAGCCAGAAUUGUUGUAGCUGCAGUGGCAAGAGCUGCAGCCCGAUGUAACAAAGGCAUAGAAGUACUGUUUGCAGUGGCUCUGGAACAUUUUGUUUUGGUGGUUGUAAGAGCUUUAAGGGGACCUACUUCAGCAGACGAAGCAGCCAAAAAGAUUCAGUACUUAAUCCAUUGUCAGUGGUGUGAAGAAAGAAUUUUUCAGAAGGACGGUAAUAUGGUGGAAGAAAACCCAUAUAGACAGUUGCCAUGUAACUGUCAUGGAAGCAUGCCCGGGAAGACAGCAAUAGAACUUGGACCUCUGUGGUCAAGCUCCCUUUUCAAUACUGGAUUCCUUAAAAGAAUGUUAUAUGAAUCUGUUCACCAUGGGUUGGAUGAUAUUCAGACCCUAAUAAAGACAUUAAUCUUUGAAUCAGAGUGUACUCCUCAGAGUCAAUUUUCAGUUCAUGCACCCUCAAAUUUCAACAAGCAAGAAGAAAAUGGUGUAUCUGUUAAAACUACAGAUGAUACCACAACAGAUUACAUUACCCAAGGAAAGAGAAAAAGUAAUGAAAUGAUUACAAAUUCAGUCAAGAAGCAAAAAACUGAUGUCAUUACUGAACAUCCCCCCUUCUAUUACAACAUCCACAGACACAGCAUUAAAGGAAUGAACAUGCCAAAUAUUUUUUCCUCAUUUUAUUGCAGGUUAAAAAAGUUUCUGUGCUAUCUUUCUCAAGCAGGCUUUCGAGUAAGCCGAACUCAUUUUGACCCAAUGGGUGUUCGUACAGAUGCACCUCUGAUCCAGUUUAAAUCUAUCCUUUUAAAAUAUAGCACCCCGACUUACACUGGAGGACAAUCAGAAGGCCAUGUCCAGUCAGCAUCAGAGGACACAGUAGCCAAUAGGGUUGAAAUGUCAGUGAAUGACAAAAGUGAAGCAAGUAGCUGCAGAAGAUGGUAAAUAGAAGGAAGAAUUUAUUCUCAGGUGUCUGUAUAGGUGGCUCAGCAGUUCUCUAUACCAACUCUAGUUCUUUUUCUAUUCUUUCAGGUCAGUAGUAUGAAAAUAAAAAACAGUGCCGCUUUCAUUCAAAAAAUUAGCAGUUUCUAACUUAGCUGGUUUGGGAGCUUUUCAGGUUUUUCUUAUUUUAAAGAAAACUUAAAAUUUUAAUGAAAGCAUUUCAUAUGAAGUCAGGGUUCCACUGAGAUCACCCUAUUGAGUAAUUAAGUUUUCACAUGCUUAGUGUUCACAAUUCAUGUACAUUAUGAAAGCCAUCCUUUCCUAUUCUUUCUUUCCUCUUUUCCCUUCUGUAGUGCUGGGACCUUACACAUUGCUAGGCAGGCACUUACCCUGAGCUACAUCCCCAGUCUUUUUGAAGGCAAGGUCUUGCUGUAUCACCCAAGCUGGCCUGAAAUCCUGAGCUUAAUCAAUCCUACCUCAGCAUUCUAAGUAGCUGGGACUACAGACGUGUGCCACCAUGCUCAUAUUAUGCUUUACUGUCAAUCAUGUUUCUACCUGAACUGAUCCAUGAUACUUAUGUUUUUCUGUGGUUAAUAUACAUAUGAAACCGAAACCUUUUACAUACCAAAUGAUCCUGAAUAGAAAGAACAUUCUUUCAGGUCAUUCAUGUAUUUCACAAACAAGGCCAACAUAUUUUCCCAUUUUUAAGAAAUUAUAUUCCACACACCGAUCUUUUAAUUUAUUACUAACUUUCAAGAAAUUGAAUACUUGCCUGAGACAUUUUUUACAAGUAUAUAAUCUAGAUGACCAAACUUCAGUUUAAGAUUUUUGUCAAAAUAUACUAAGACCAUUGUUCUAAUAUAAUUGUUCACAUACUGAAAUCUCAAAGAGGGAUAUUAUGAAUUAAACAGGUUGGGUGAUCUCAGGUGCCUCAGUUAAUGCAUGUCCAGUAUUCUUUUGAUUAAUUGUGCUACCAAUCAGAAGUAAAAAUUGUCAUCUUACAAGGUGAAGAUUUUUUUUGUUUUAGAAUUAUUUUCCUUUGGUUGGUUUUUCUAGUUUUGUUGUGUGUAUAUUUGUGUAAACUUUUUUGUAAUAGCUGCCUACACUAACAUAAUUAUAAAAAUCAGUUGGAAAAAAUCUUGCUUGUAUUAUCAUUCUUGCUUUAUCUGAAUGUAAAAUUUUAGGUGGAAAGAUUUGGUAUAAAGUUUAGGUUUUUGUUUCAAUGAUUUAAUCCAUAUUUACCUGCAUUUCUCAAGGAAAGUAACUUUUUACAGCCAUUAAGCUAGAGGAGGGUAGUACAUACAUAACUGAAAGGUUCGGAACACUGCAUAAGAAAAAGCUCCCGUGAUACACAAUCUGAAUGAUGGGGAGGGUGGAGUUAGAUAAAUAGUUAAAUGGCAGAAAUAAAGGAAGAUCUCUGUUAUUACAGCAUGUUCCCCAGAGGAUAUUUUUUCUUCAUUCUCCAGUUACAUUCAGUAAAAUAAAGGAAUAAGUUAGUUUCUCUAUUAAAAAAUCAUCUACUCCAAUUGUUGCCCUCUACAGAUGAGCACAAAAAGAAAUAAAUGUUAUGUAUAAGUCAAAAGCAGAAUUACUGUAACUACAGGAAACAAACAUGCUUGGAUUAUCUCAUUGAAGUACAUACUGUUAAAUUGAAGACAAGCAUCAAAUUUUGGUAAAUGUCCUUUGUUUUGUUUUGUGUUUUUUUUUUUUUUUUUUGUCUUUUUCAUUUUUAUCGGUACCAGGGAUCGAACUCAUGACUGCCUGCUUACAAGGCAGGCACUUGUGCUGCUGAGCUAAAUCCCCAGCCCCAGUAAAUGUCUAUCAACAUGAUAUAUUGGUCAAUCUGAGAUGACAUUUAUGCAAAGCCUAAUUUCAUACAGUAAUCUGUAAUCUCUAAAGUAUAUAGGUAGUAUAUUAAUUUCACAUAUAAAGGCAGAUUUCCCCAACAAAAAAUUGGAGGUAGUUUAAAACUCUGUGAUAAAGUUCAACCUGAAGGAAGUACUUUCAGUUUAAAAUUUUCAUUUAAAUCAGGAGUGGUGAUGCAUGCCUGUAAUCCCAGCACUUGGGAGGCUGAGGCAGGAGAAUUGUUGUAAGUUCGAGACCAGCCUGAACUGCAUAGGAAGACCCUGUCUCAAAAAGACCAAAAAAGUAACAAUUUUUUUUUUCAUCUAGUUGCACAUUAGCAUCUUGUUCCCCUAACAGCAGUUGUAAUUUGGGACAAUGCCAACGUUGAUCACAUUGUAAAGUGACAGCACUUGUGUUCCUUAAAAUGUAAGAAACUACCGGGAGCGGGGGACCACCAGGUUGCCUAAGAAGGGGUGAACAGGCCCAGGUCGGAAACGGAGCAGGUCAAAACUCCCGUGCUGAUCAGUAGUGGGAUCGCGCCUGUGAAUAGCCACUGCACUCCAGCCUGGGCAAUAUAGUGAGACCCUGUCUCUUAAAAAAAAAAAAUAAAAAUAAAAUGUAAGAAACUA